AUGCGCAUACUUUGCCUGCAUGGCUAUCUGCAGAAUGGUGCCAUCGUCAGCCGCAAGUGGGGCGCACUCCGUCGGGAGCUUGCUGGCUUUGCAGAGUUAGACUUUGUCGAUGCUCCUCAUAUCAUCGCCAAGCCAGACAGCAGCACAGACUUGUCGUCCUUUGGCGCAGAAGACGUCGGGAGCUCGGAUGAUGAUCCGUCGAGCGUACCUCGCUCCUGGUGGGACGCUCGCGAUGGUCCAUCGGGUAGACGAGAGAUCCAUGGCUACACAGAAAGUCUGGCCUACCUACAUCCGAUGCUGAUCAAGAACAAGUACGAUGCCGUCAUCGGAUUCAGUCAAGGGGCUGCUAUGGCCGCUCUGCUCACCGUCUUGCUCCAUCGGCCAGAGCUCGAGGUUUCCUUUGCUCAGGGCGAGCGUAUACCGCCUUUCAAGGCGUCCAUCUUCAUCUCCGGAUUCAAAGCGGCCUACUACCACCAGGAGCCUUACUGGACCUCUGUCCUAACAGGCGCUCCGACGCUCAACAUACUCGGUAAGAACGACUGGAUCGUCACGGCAGACCGCAGCCAGCCCCUCAUCGAUGCGUUCGAGGCAUCACGGGUCGAGUACCACGAGGGAAGCCACUUCCUGCCCCUCAAGGCGUCCUGGAAACGGUUCGUCCAUCAAUGGCUAAAGGCGAUACAAGCAGGCGAGCCCUCCGAUUCGGUACCCGGCCCAUCUGGCUCAUCCCAAGCUGCUUCACGAGAGGCAUCUGUACCUCUAGAGGGUGGCAAGCUGUAA